UUAAGUUUGUCCUUUCCAGCGCUUCGUAGAUCUCCGACAUAUUGUUUGUGGGGAGCGAUUUCUUGAAGACCCUGAGGGAGCGAAGAUUAUUUCCUUUACAUCAUUACAGGGCGUCCAAACUACUUAUUUUGUAAAGUCAGCAAGAUGGAACCGUCAGCGAGUCCUGCGAAGGAUAACUACAGGAUGAACCGCUACAAGAACAAAGCUCUUAACCUGGAAGAGAUGCGCCGGAGACGAGAAGAGGAAGGCAUUCAGCUGAGGAAACAGAAAAGAGAACAGCAGCUGUUUAAGAGGAGAAACGUGGAGUUGCUGAACGAGGAAGGAGGAAUGUUCGACAGCCCUCUCAUGGACGCUUACGUCAGCUCCAGCACAGCCUCAGAAGGAGUCAUAACGAGAGACAUGGUAGAAAUGCUCUUCUCAGACGAUCCUGAACUGCUGCUGGUUACCACUCAGAAAUUCAGAAAACUGCUGUCCAAAGAACCGAACCCACCCAUCGACGAGGUCAUCAGCACUCCAGGAGUCGUAAACAGAUUUGUAGAGUUCCUUGAAAAAAGCACUGAUAGCACAUUACAGUUCGAAGCAGCAUGGGCACUGACCAACAUCGCCUCAGGAACGUCUCAACAGACCAAAUUUGUGAUCGAGGCGGGCGCCGUGCCGGUGUUCAUCCAGCUGCUCAACUCCGAGUUCGAGGACGUCCAAGAACAGGCGGUGUGGGCAUUAGGGAACAUUGCAGGAGACAGUGCCAUGUGCAGAGACUUUGUACUGAACUGCAAUAUCCUUCCUCCACUGUUAACGCUGCUGACCAAAUCGACUCGACUCACGAUGACCAGGAACGCCGUGUGGGCGCUCUCUAACCUGUGCAGAGGCAAAAGCCCACCACCUGACUUUGAAAAGGUGUCUCAGUGCCUGCCCGUACUGUCCCGCCUGCUGUUCAGCAGCGAUCCCGAUCUGUUGGCCGACGCAUGCUGGGCUUUGUCCUACCUCUCAGACGGACCCAACGAGAAGAUCCAGGCAGUGAUCGACUCCGGAGUCUGCAGGAGACUCGUAGAACUGCUCAUGCACUCCGAUUAUAAAGUAGCUUCUCCGGCUUUAAGAGCUGUUGGAAAUAUCGUCACUGGUGAUGACAUUCAAACACAAGUGGUACUGAACUGCUCAGCUCUCCCAUGCCUCCUUCACCUGCUCAGUAGUGCAAAGGAAUCUAUCAGGAAGGAAGCCUGCUGGACCAUCUCCAAUAUCACAGCAGGAAACCGAGCUCAGAUACAGACGGUCAUUGAUGCAAACAUCUUCCCCGUGCUGAUCGAAAUCCUCCAGAAAGCCGAGUUUCGCACCAGGAAAGAAGCAGCAUGGGCCAUAACUAACGCUACAUCAGGAGGCACGCCCGAGCAAAUCCGGUAUCUAGUGAAUUUGGGCUGCAUUAAGCCCUUGUGCGAUCUGUUGACGGUGAUGGACUCUAAGAUCGUGCAGGUCGCUCUGAACGGACUGGAGAAUAUUCUGAGACUGGGAGAGCAGGAAGCCAAACAGAACUGCAGCGGCCUCAAUCCUUACUGCAGUCUCAUAGAGGAGGCCUAUGGUCUGGACAAAAUUGAGUUCCUACAGAGCCAUGAGAACCAGGAGAUCUACCAGAAGGCCUUCGAUCUCAUCGAGCACUACUUCGGCGUGGAGGAGGAAGACGCCGCUCUGGCUCCACAGGUGGACGAGAACCAGCAGCAGUAUCUUUUCCCUCAGCAGGAGGCCCCCAUGGAGGGCUUCCAGCUCUAAUCCACCUCCGACACCCGUUUAGGCUCCGUACGCCGCGUCCAGGUCCUUCCCGUGCCCAUAAUCUGUACUGCAGGCUGUAUCUCAUGUGCCCUCAGCGCAGCCAUACAAGCAGAUUUAAAACUAAACCGACCUGAAAGGAAGCGCACUGCUUGCUGAUGAACUUUACCACUGUUUUCCCUCAUCCGAGACUUCAGGAGCUGGGUUUUUAUUUCAUUUUAUUCUGUCUUAAUUUAAGUAGUGCCACUUACAUAUUGGAUAAAAAUAUUUAUAUAUUAAUUCUUUUCCUGUUCUAAAGCUACCUUACUGGGCACACAUUCCCAUCAGCAUCUCAUAACCCUGGUGUUUUCCCCUGCUUUCGUUCGUCUCACGGGUUUUAACCCCACGUGCGCAGGCCUUUGGAAAGCCACAAGCUCGUGACGGUUUCAUCGGCGUGGCUUCAUGCCAAGACGAAAGUAGAUCGCCGUCAACAGACACGAUUUGAAGUUAGAGGCUCUUUUUUUUGUGCACUUUAGAUAGCACUUGCAUUUUUCUCUCUGGCUCUCCUUCUGUUUAUAAUCUUUAUCGUUUUGGUUUGGGAGUUAAACUCUGAAAAUUCCUCUUCAGUGUUUAAAAACUCUAGUUCAAAGCUGUAGUGGUAUUUUUUUUUUUUGAAAGGCAGAAUAAUUAGUCGUCUACUGUUUUGUGGUGUGCGGUGAUCUGAAAACCUUUAGAUUUUGCAAAUCCCAUGCGUUUUAUUCAUUAUAGAAGAAGAGUGCAUUGCAUAGGACUGGGGUUUCACAAGGUUUUAGCACAAAUCCUUAGGUUUGUGUGACUGUGUGUGUGUGUGUGUGUGUGUGUGAGUUUGGGUUGCACACCAACACCGCCGUUCUGCUUUCCCUUGAAGUUCUUGGGGUUUGGUUUUCUGUUGUUGUUUUUUUUUUUUUUUCCCUCCUUUCUGCUCUGUUACUAAGACGGUGAUGCAGACUGUGUCCAGGUCUUUUCAGAGUUGCAUGGUUUUCAUUCUUGCAUUAUUCUAUUAACAGUUUUCGUUCCUUCCAUCGGCAAGUAUUUUCAGGAUUGCACUCGACCUUAUGCUCCCGUUGCUUGGGUUUUUGUUUUUUUGUGGUCUUUUUCUUUAAAAGUAUUUGUUUAAUUAGUUAAGUUGUACUGGCAGGUUGGCACAGAGUUUGGCAAGGGAUAUA